CGAGCAUUGUUCGCAACGCGCGUACACGCGUCUAUACAACGAAAUUAGUUAAUUGAUUAUACGUUAUGCUUAUAAAUACCUAAUGAAAUGGCAUUAUUAAUAAAAGAGUAUUUAUUCAAUGUGAAAUCUUUGAACAGAUGUCAUAAGCUGCGUGCUACGAGUAGAAGUAUCAAACAAUGGACACGAACAAACAGUGCAUCUAUGAUAGAAAAACCAACAUCUACAUAUGUUAACUUUCAAGACACUAAUAAAAGAAAUAUACAUUUAAGCUAUGCGCUGGAUAAAUCUGUGGCUUUUAAAUUGUCCGAUAUAGGAGAGGGAAUACGAGAAGUCGUAAUAAAAGAAUGGUUUGUUAAAGUCGGCGACAAGGUUCAACAAUUUGACAAUAUAUGUGAAGUUCAGAGUGACAAGGCCUCGGUCACGAUCACUAGCCGGUAUGACGGUGUUGUUAGCCGUCUUUAUCAUGAAGUGGAUCAAACAGCUUUUGUUGGAGAACCUCUAGUAGAUAUUGAAGUAGAAAGCAACGAAGAAGAUACGUCAACAACUAAAGAACACGAUAUAUCGACGAAGACAGCAGAUAUCUCAACUGCACAAAAGACAGAAAACUCUUUGAAAAAGAAUAAAGUACUAACAACACCAGCUGUGAGGAGGAUCGCUUCCCAGUUUCAAGUGGACUUAAGUGCAGUUACAGCAACGGGAAGAAAUGGGCGUUUAUUGAAAGAAGAUUUGCUUUCAUACCUCAAUAUAACUUCUGAUAAGUCUAAUGACAUUCCUGAGACUGUUAAAUCAGAUUCCUCUUUUAGCAAUGAAACAAAUAAAAGUAUGGAGGUAUUAGAGGACAAAAUCGUUCCCGUAUCCGGUUUUACGAAAGCGAUGGUGAAGUCUAUGACAGAAGCAAUGAAAAUACCUCAUUUUGGAUUUUGUGACGAGUAUAAUGUCACUAAUUUGGUAGAAGUACGAGAAAUACUCAAACAUGUAGCACAUAAAAGAGGCGUUAAGUUAACAUACAUGCCCAUCAUUUUGAAAGCUGCAUCGUUAAGUUUGUUAAAUUUCCCUACUUUAAACAGCAGCCUCGACAACGCAUGCGAGAACAUUAUAUAUAAAGCUAGUCAUAAUAUUGGUGUAGCAAUGGAUACACCGAAUGGAUUAGUGGUACCUGUUAUAAAGAAUGUACAAAAUAAAAAAAUUAUUGAUAUAGCUAAGGAAUUAAAUAUGUUACAAGACAAGGGCGCCAAAGGUCAACUUGGUAUAACUGACAUUUCUGGUGGAACGUUUACAAUAUCUAAUAUAGGAAUAGUAGGAGGAACUUACACCAAACCAAUAAUUUUGCCACCUCAGGUAUCAAUUGGUGCUUUGGGAAAAAUACAGAUUUUGCCAAGAUUUGACUCGGAAGGAAAAGUUACACAAGCUCAUAUUCUUACAGUUAGUUGGUCCGCUGACCACAGGGUCAUCGAUGGUGUAACGAUGGCUCGAUUCUCAAAUCAACUAAAAGAAUAUCUAGAAAAUCCCUAUAGUCUUUUAUUGGAUAUGUAAUAAUUGCCAAACAAUAAUAUAUUUUUUUAAUUGUAUUCGAUUACAGAUUUUUAUACAUACUUAUACACAA